CCACGUUAACCAGUGUCCGAAAGAUCUUUCCCUCUUUAUCCUUUAGCUCAUCUACACCAGUUUAGAAUUAGGGUUUUCCACUUACCUUUAUUUGAUACUCACUAUACACAUGUUCAAUUUCAGCUCUUGCGGAUGUUGUCUCGCUGUGUGAUGAUACCCAAGCCAUGCAACCCACAUUUAAUGAUUUGAAACCAGUGUCCGUAGAUCAUAACAAUUAGAUGAGACUUGAUAUUGAAUUUUCCGGUGGGGCUGAACUUUUGUUCAACAAGCAAAAAGAAUAUCAAGUUGACCUACCACCAACAGUGGUUCGACUAGGUGAUUUGCUUGUUUGGUUGGAGAAAAAUCUUUUACAAGAACGUCCUGAACUCUUCUUACAAGGGAAAAGCGUUCGACCUGGAAUUCUCAUUUUAAUCAAUGAUGUAGAUUACAGUUUAUUGGGUGAGAAUGACUAUAUUUUGAAGGAAAUGGAUAAAGUUAUAUUUAUAUCUUCAUUGCACGGUGGUUGA